AUGGCCUCCCGCUUGGUCCUGUAUGGUGCGCUCUCGACGCUUGGCGCUGCGUCAGUAGUCGGGUCAGCCUUACACACUCGGGCGAAUUUCUAUGCUGCGGCAGUAGCGGUCGGACGGAGCUCUGGCGCGCUCAUGGUACUGGCCAACUUUGCGCUGUUCAACACGAUCUGUUUUGGGAUUGUAGUCAAGACGAUCUUCUUUGGCCGUCUCAGGAGUAUCGAAUACGAGCAUCUAUUCGAGCGAUUAUGGCUCUUCCUGACCGAGUCCCUACUCGCUCUGACCAUCUUCCGGGAUGACUUCUCUGCGCCGUUCGCGGUCAUGUACGGAGUCCUGCUUUUCUUGAAGUGUUUCCACUGGAUCACAGCAGAUCGAGUCGACUACAUGGACCAAAUUCCUCCUCCAGGCCCACCGACGAUCUUCCACGUCCGGUGCUCCCUCAUUAUCGGCCUCCUCACACUCAUCGACUGCGCGCUCGUCAUCUACUCCCUGGAGUCCAUCGUCGUGGAUGGCGUCUCAGCAAUGGUCCUAUUCGCGUCGGAAUUUAUGAUCCUUCUCGCGUCCAUCGGAGGCACAUCCGCUCGGUAUACCGUGGGCAUCAUCGAUCUCCGGCGCGCACGAGGACGGGAGGACGCGCCGAGCUGGGAAGAGAAGAGCAUGUACCUCUUCUAUGUGGAUCUCGGAGUCGACUUCGUAAAGCUCCUUACUUACCUCACCUUCUUCCUGGUCAUUCUCCUGAACUACGGUCUCCCCCUCCAUAUCCUCCGAGACGUUUACAUGACUCUCCGCUCAUUCCUCUCCCGCUGCUCCGACCUGGUCCGGUAUCGCCGCGCUACGAGGGACAUGGACUCGCUCUAUCCCAACGCGACCAACGAGGAUCUGACGCGCAAUGGAGAUCGGACGUGCAUUAUCUGCAGGGAAGAGAUGGUACCGGCGGAAGCGGAGGCGGGAGGGCCAAACGAGACGCCGAAGAGAUUACAGUGUGGACAUAUCUUCCAUUUCCACUGUCUUAGGAGCUGGCUGGAGAGGCAGCAGAGUUGUCCGACUUGUCGUCGAGAUGUCCUCCGUACUCCAGUCGCCCCAAGACCAGGCCCCCGAGCUGGUCAAAACGGCGUCAACGUCCAGAUUAACCCACCUCCUCCCGCCGCAGGCGCCGUUCCGCGCCUCAACGCCGUGCCUGGCGCACCCAAUCCCAUACAAGCGGUAUAUGACCAGUACUUCCGUCCGCCACAACCACCCACCCCUGCGCAUCCAGCACCAACAGCGGUGCCCGGUCCCACUACUGCAACUUCGAGCAACGCGCCACUCCCCUCUCCCCAAAUCUCGAGGGAUCAGCAAAUCCAGCGCGGGAUCUGGGGUGGACCGAUCGCGCCUGGGCGGUUCUUCGCUACUCCGCUCGGUGCUGCUCCUGCUUGGCCGCCAUCGGGAGCUUCAGCUUCGGCUUCGGGCUCAGGAUCCGGACCAAGUCGGUACGAUCCGACGAUGCGGAUGCCGAUUCCCGUCCCCGCUACUCGAUCUCAGGGUGCUUCGAUGCCUAUCAUCCGGCUUCCCGAACCUUCGUCAGCUUCGGGGUCGAGUAGUAAUACCGCCACUCCUCCUCCAUCCGGCCCUUCCACCUCGGCCACCUCGGAAACGGCGGUUCCCCGACCGCGGAUAGAGAGGGAUCGGCCGACGUUCGAUAUUGGUCCGUCUGCGUCCGGUGCAGUUACGCCCCAUUUGGCUUCUGGGGCGAAUACACCGCAUACUUCCAACCCACCGCAGAUCUUCUCUGCGUCGGGCUCGGGCUCGGGCUCAGCUUCGGGCGCUGGGGAGUAUGGGCAUGUAGGUCUGGAGGGUGUAGGAGAGGGGGACGAGGGGAAAGAGAUGGCGGGAGCGGCGUCGAUGUCAGCGUCGGCGUCGGAGGAAGAAGGCGGGGGACGGGGAGCGAGGAGAGCAGCGGCGGAGGCUGCGUUAAGGCGGAUGGGGCUGCGGUCUGGGACGGCGGCGGCGGCGAGGCUGACUCCUACGACCAACACGUUCACCGAGCGGCCGGCGAUGACUGUCCUAGAGAAGCCGGCGGAGGAGGAGGAGUUGCGGGAGGACAGUUCGGAAGAUUCGGAGGAGGGCGGCUCGACUCGAGCUCUUGAUCGAAAAGGGGAAGGCAAGGGGAAAGCUACCGACACCGACCCGACUGACGAGCUGGACGUAAGCGGCGAGACUCCUAGGUUCACCCCAUACCUCACUCGACCCGGCUCCGACCUCCUGUCCGCCUCUCCUCGCGGUCAUCGAUGGGCAGGUACGGGUGGACAGGACUCCAUCCGGUCAAGAGGAAGGAUGACGAUACAGGGGACACGGGACGCACUGGAGGAGAGGUUGAAAGUGAUGAGGGAGGUGGAUGAGGUGGUUUGGGGUUUGGUUGGGGAUUUGAGUCGGUUGAAGAGUGAUUGGGAAGAAGAAGGCGGUGUGCAUGGGCGGGUGUAG